GAUCCUUAUUUAUUAGAUAUUUGUAUCUGUUCAAACGCAAUGUUUUGAUUGUUUUUUUAAUUUAGUUGAGUUUAAUUCAUGUAUCUUUAGUUUAUCAAUCUUGCUGUCUUUUCAACAUGUUGCCGUGUCGGUCAAGAAUUUUACUGAGCACAGAUUGCUGGAAUUCGCUUCUUCGCCCUUGUGCUAAUCAAUUUCUUGUGCUAAACCAAAACAGAGAAAUUAGGAAAUGGCGAACUUGGCCAAAUGAUUGGCUACCGUUUCAAUGGAAAAAGCCUGAACUUUUACCUGGGUAUUUUGAUUCUGGUGAUAGAAAGGAAGGUUUGAAUAAAAUUGACUUGGAUCAACUGAAGCCAAUGUUGAAAGACAUGAAGAUUCUUGAAAACGCUCCAGAAUCUGUACGGAAGAUGUACACCCUCAGAUUCGCUAGAAGAAAAGAGCUGAAGAUUUUGCAAAACGAGGAAUACACGCGAUCAUUGCCUAUUCGAAGACGUUAUUUAGAUGAGGACGGAUAUGAAAAGAAAGUAAUCCGACUGACAAACACAAUAAGACAUAUGAGAAAAAUCAUUCGUGAGGAAGCUCCUGACAGCGCUGGCCAUAAAAUAGCAGUCUCCAGGUUCAUAAAUAAGCGUUAUAAAUUUUUAGUUGAAUUGUAUAAAAUGGACCGGGAAACAUGUAAUAUGCUUUGCGAAAAGCUAGAAAUUGAUUUUAAACCACCGAUUCCAUACUAUUGGCCAUAUCCUUUUCUUGAAAGAAAAAGAACCAUCAGACAAACUUGUGAAAAAUAUUGUAAAGAUCUUAAGCAAAAGAAAAUUGACGAAUACAGAGCAAAACUCGAAGAAGAGCAGGUAAAAUUCAAGGAGGAAAAAGAAAAAACUCUUCAAUGGAUCAAUCAAACCAUGGCGGAAUUUAAAAUUACGGAAGAUAUGUUACAAGAUAAACAACCACCUCUUCAUUUCUUGUCACAAUACGAAUUUCUCGAGUAGGAAUUAUCACUGAACAAUUAGAAUUUUGUAAAUUAAAUCAUUUGAUAGAAUAAACUAUAGUUGAUAUUAACUGGA